UGAAUCGGGGAUGUCUUUUUCUCUCAAUCUCUCUGUGUUUAUGGUGAGUUUGCUAGGUGCAGGCAAGAGUUACGUUUAAAGCGCGUUUCACCUACGAAAACUUUGUGUUCCUCAAAACAAUCCAUUCUUUUAGUUUUCUCAAUCUUCCAAAGCAAUUGUCCAGUUUCUCAAAACUGAUAAUUUCCUUUUUUUGCUUUCAUUUGUGAAGACUGUAGAGGAAGCAGUAUAAUUCAUCGUGAAAUAACACUUGCUGUGUGCGUCUGGUAGAGUUUCUGGGCUUUAACAUUUUGUUACAUUUACCUCACUAAAGUCUCCCUUAUUAAUAAAGCAACCACCCCUGUAUAUAUAUAUAUGUGUGUGUUUUGUGUGAAAAUGAAGGGUUAGAACAGUAGGCUUAGCGCAAGUGUAGGACACCGAGGGCACUCUAAAGUCUUAUGUAAGUGUAAAAAAAAAGUACUUAUAAUGUUUUAAAGUCAUAGAGAAGUCGUAUACUAUAUUGAGUUACCAAGUUAAAACCAAAACCAAAACACAUGGAAGCUGAGACACGCCUUUCAACUCCGACCGAGUCAGAUGCUGUAAGUGUAGCAGUAAUGACAAUCGUGUCCGGUGGUCUGUCCAGUUCCUUAUGCGACAAGGGGGUUCAAGUUGAUGAACCUCGUAGAAUAAGCAAUUACGAACACGUUAAUGGCGAAUAUCGCGAACCUCCGGGUACAAAAAAUCUUUUGUGGCGACAGGACAGCGAUCGAAGCGAUUCGGUUCGAUCUGUCGAUCAACACACCUCUAACAGUCAGAAAAGCAGGCGCUCGGGGCAACGGAAUAGCCGCCGUCUGAGACGGUCGGUCUCGGCUAGAGAAGGGGAACGUGCGAUACCUAGACCUAAAGUAAAUAGAAGUAUCAGCGAGAGAAGAGAACAUCCGAAUCGGCAUCACCGACGAGCGUCCCAGCGUGGGAACCAGCGCGGUCGUAGGACGUCUAAUUCUGGAAUAGACGAUCCUAAUCAUCCCUCAUUUCAAAACGCUCUUAAAAACAACGACGACUUUUCUACACACGGAAGCGGAAAAAUAAAUGAAACAGUAGCUGUUGAAAUAGGCUUAGCUGAAGCUAAGGGAGUGAGUCCGAAGGAAACCCGCAGACGACAAAUAGUUUUUGCGGUCGUCCUCAUUUCCCUGGGAAUUCUCACAGCCAGCGUUUUGUUAGUAGCUAUAACGUUAUUGAUUACACCAGCAACGGACAAUGUAGUACGUAAAGAAAACCAAGAAAUCUACCGUGUAUGGUCUUCCACCUCUGCGCCACAAGAGGGCGCUCAGGGUGCUAUCUUCAACCAAACCGUUAGUUCUACCGGGCGACCAGGAUGAUUAUCUUCCACUUCAAAGUAAUGAACGUUUCGUUUACUUUAAAAAGAGGACACUUUUACACCGUAGAACAGCUUUCUAAAUGUCAUCAACCGAGUACCGUGUUUUUACAACGAUAUCAUAAUAAUUGCAUCGCAUAGUAACAAGAUCAUGGCUUCCUAGAUUAGAUAACUAUAUAGCACUUUGUUAAAGACUGGAGCGCUGCCUAUUGGUUUUCGUGUGAACGAAAAUUGUAUAUUAAGAUAGUUUCGUAAUAUCGUGGUUUUGUUCCAGUUUCACGAAUAGAAUUUGUAAAUAUAUACAUAUGAAUAUAUAUGUGUGUGUGUAUACUGGUGCCUUUAGGUGCUAAAAUCAAAUAAGCCUAGUCAAAUAACAUAGCGAUAGAACAAUAUAAGUACUGAAAAUAGUAUAUUAUUUUGUAUCUAUUGUUAAAAUGUUUUAAUUUUGUUUAUAGGAGCAUAGAAAGUAGUAUUAGAAAUAGCACCUCGAUGGGUGCUGUGGGUGCUUUCGCCAAGUAAUUUACUUGGUCUAAGUCAUCCUUUCAUUCCAGUUUUGUAGCUAAAUAAAUAGAUAUUCUACAUAUUAUCUAAAAUAUUCAAAUAUUUCGUAUUUUAAUUAAUCGUUGUUGUCUUUCCAUUAAACGAUAGUUUUAUUUAUUCAAAUCGUCGAAGAAUCUUCUUGUUUUUUAUUAUAUAAAAAAUCAACGUUAUGGUAACGAAGAGAUCCUAGUUAAGGAGGGGUUGUAAGUAAAUAUCACGAAGAAUGUUACUUUCAACCGUACAGUAUAUACAAUUUCUUUCCUUUUUCUGUCGUUGUUAUUUUAUUAGUAGUAAUUAUCAACUCCAUGUAGCACUGGCAUUUUAUUGUUAAGUCAAACACAUUAUGUAAAUUUGCUAUAAAGUAAAAGGAGACUUUGUAAUAAAUUUGAAAGCUAUGUAUUUCAACUAUUAUUGACUGAAAACUAAAAUAUUUGAAAAAUCUUGCUUAAUUGUAAAUUUAAUGCAUAAAGGCACCACAAACCUAGUGAUUAAAUAUCUGGCUUUUUAGGUAUGAAGGAUCACAGUCAGAAUGUAUGCUACUUUAAUUGUAAAGCACAUUUUAUUUUGAGUAUUUUCCUUUUUUCGAGCUUGUGAAGGCCCUUUUUUUUCUUAAAAAACUAUCUUUUCUGCCUUUCCAAUUUCAUCGCUACUCUUAAAGAUAGAAUGAAAAAAAACACACACACACAAUAAACACAACAACAGAAGUUUGAAUGUUGAAAAAUAGCUUAAUAAUAAUAAGAAUUUUGAAUUUAAAUGUUAUACAAUAUCAGCAACAGAGAAAACACUUCAAUUAAUUUCAUAAAUAUUAAUUUAUAGAAAAAUAUAGGUUUAUCGAUUUUUAAUAUAGUGCCACUUACAUUUCCUUUUACACUGACCGACAUAGUAAAACAAAUAACUUGUCGAAAGACAUUUAUGUAAGGAAAAACAGCAACAACAAAAAAAAUAAACACACAUACAUGGCAGGCUUAACGAAUCACUCGUUCGUUACUUUACCACUGGCGUUGUUUUACGUUACAGAAGGUAAACAUAGAUUUGUUGUAAACAGUAUAAGAUUAAUGUUCACCUCUCGCUGAAGGAUGUUUCGCAUGCCCUCUUUUCAUCACACAGUAAAUAUUUUUUCCCACACAAUUGACUUGUUUAUAAUAGAAAAUAUUCUACAACUUCUAAGUCACGAAUCAUUUGUGUUUGCGUGACCAUCAAUAACAAAAAAUAACAGCAUAUCAUUAAGCCUAUCGUUAUUGACUUUUUAGACUAAAUUUGUUAGCGUAAAAACAUACAUUUUUAUGAUGUUAUAAAAUAACUAUCUUAACCUAUCAUACCGUGGAAUUUGUUUGUUUUAACCCCAAAACUGAACUAGGCCAAGUUUAAUUUUGUUGUUUGUUUUCAAAGAGAGUAAAUGAAUCAUUCUGAUUGGGUAUAUAUAUCUAUAUUUCUUGUUCUAUUCAAGUAUUGAACUGAAGCAUACAAUAUCUACAGAGAAUUAUUUUUAAGCUGGAUUCCAGGGUUUGUAUUACAAGAAAAAGUGUCCACACUUCCAAACGAUCGAACGGAAUUACAACUAGUGUUUAAUUUCAUUGCUCAAGAUGUAUAAAACAUUUUAGAUUGAUGAAAAAAUACAAUGAUAUCGAUUUUACUGCAGCUUAGAUUUUAGUUAGCAUCUUCUUGACGUGUGUAAAUAGGAUAAUAAAUAGUACAAUACAUUAUU